AUCUCUGUAUUCUGUGGUUGUCAUUGUCAAUUUCCGUUUAACGAAACGUAUUUUCGUGUUACGUCUUCUGCUGGUGCAAAAUUAAAGGCGAUCCAAAAAUAAAUUUAUCUUGAAUAACCUUUAAAUAGGUUUUAAAAUACCUAAUUGAAAUGUCCUUAAUCAGCAGAAACAUCUUUCGGGCCCUGGUGCAGGGAUCUCAGCAUGUUGGAAAGGGUGUUCACACAAGUGCGGUAAACACUAAGGAAAAUCAACCGAAUGCAUCGAAGGAGGGCCGCAUCAAGUGCACUCUCAUCCCGGGAGAUGGCGUCGGCCCUGAGCUGGUCUACUCCGUGCAAGAAGUGUUUAAGGCGGCCGGCAUACCAGUGGACUUCGAGUCCUUCUUCUUCUCUGAGGUGAACCCCACACUCAGCGCUCCGCUUGAGGACGUCGUCAACUCCAUCACCAGGAACAAGAUUUGUAUAAAGGGUAUCCUAGCUACCCCUGACUUCUCUCACACGGGCGAGCUCCAAACCCUGAACAUGAAGCUUCGCAAUGCGCUUGACCUCUACGCCAAUGUGGUGCACGUCAAGUCCUUGCCCAACGUCAAGUGUCGCCAUCACGAUGUGGACUGCAUCAUUAUUAGAGAGCAGACGGAAGGAGAAUACUCUGCGCUCGAGCACGAGUCUGUGCCUGGUGUUGUGGAGUGCCUGAAGAUCAUCACCGCGGCUAAAUCAGAGCGUAUCGCCAAGUUCGCGUUCGAUUAUGCGGUCAAGAUGGGCCGCAAGAAGGUGACUGCUGUGCAUAAGGCGAACAUCAUGAAACUCGGCGAUGGACUGUUCUUGCGCAGCUGUGAAGAGAUGGCGAAGCUGUACCCCCGCAUACAGUUCGAGAAGAUGAUCGUUGACAACUGCACGAUGCAGAUGGUUUCCAACCCGAACCAGUUCGACGUGAUGGUCACCCCCAAUUUGUAUGGCAAUAUUGUUGACAACCUCGCCAGUGGUCUGGUAGGGGGCGCUGGCGUCGUCGCCGGGGCAUCUUAUAGUGCAGAAUGUGCGGUGUUUGAACAGGGCGCCCGACAUAUAUUCUCUGGCGCGGUUGGCAAGAAUAUCGCCAACCCCACCGCCAUGCUGCUAUGUUCCGCCAACCUUCUGUCGCACGUCAAUCUGCCCACUUACUCGCGCAUGAUCAAAAACGCAAUCAAUACGGUGCUGAAGGACGGCAAAGUAAGGACCAAGGAUCUUGGAGGCCAGUCUACCACCAAGGAUUUCACCUACGCCGUUAUCCACUGCUUAUCGUAAAUGAUAGAGCAAACGGCUCCUACUUACAAUAAGAAUAUUUAUUUUUUAUUAUAUUAAUCUACUUAGAAAAUGAUCUGUCAAAUCAAUUUGCAACCCCAUUCUAUGUUUUAGAUUUUUUUAAAAUGUG